CACUCCCUCUUAGCUUCCAGCCAGCCCUCAGCUAGCGGCCGUUUAAUGGGACUAAUGAUAAUAUGAAGUCAUCAUAGCUAAGUAGUUUGGCAACAAAAGAUACACCGACGACUGGAGCCUAACUCUAGACGAUCGAGCUGAUACCUGUGUUGAUAAGUAGCAGUAGCCGAGGCUGACUUUGGGCGUAGAGCUAGUCAUACAACGGAGCAAGACAAUUUACCAAAUUACACGACAAGAAGAUGUCAAUUUCUGCUGUGUCAUAAUAUCAACUAUAAACACACGAGAAAAAGCGGCGUUUCAGUUUACAACUGCACGAGUCAAGAGCAUUAAGAGGAGGGGCCAAUAACUCCAAAUAAAGAACAACAAUUGUACGCCGGAGAUUCAUUGUCAGUUCAGUGUCUGUGGCCGUGAAGUUUCUGUAACUAUUGCCGAGAAGACAUGUUUAUGGCCGACAUUACUCACCUAGAUCGAGGCCACAGCCUCGUUCUUGUUGCUGCUUGCUGGAAACGCGGAGAAUAAGCGCGCCCCGAAGAUCUGAGACCGUUUUGUUGUGAAUUAUUGUUUUCUUGGAUUGAGACGGAAUGCUCUGAUGGCGAUCUAGUGUUUGGUUUUUGUUUAUUGUUAUUGCAGUGGCGCCUGUAACUCUUGAUGCUUCGCGCUCAAUUUAUAGUGUUCUCGUGUUUUGUAGUUUGUUCCUGUUUUAUUGACUUUGGAAAAGGCCUGCUCCGCGCAAGCCUGAAAGAAUAAAACUCUCGUUAUUGGUCAAUUAUGAGUUCCUAUUUUGUGAACUCGCUUUCCACGUGUUAUGGCCCUGCGGCUCUGGAUCCUUGUGCGGAUCCCAUCUCCGGCUACGACCGAAGUCAUUACAACCAGCAGCCGCAUCAUCAUCACCACCAGCAGAAUCACGGAUCCUUGUAUGCGCCGUCAGGGUAUGGAGCUCACCAGAGGUAUCCAAACUACCACCAUCAUAGACCAGGGGCGGACGGUAGGUACGUGGAGUCGGCGGCCAGCCAGUACUACUCCACCCCAAGAUUGACCCACCUGACUUCGGGCUCCCCCAGCCCCCCUCCAGCCCCUCACGCCCACCUGAACUCCAUAGUAGCAGCGCCCUUGUCACCGUCCUCAUCGCCACAGUCGCUCGACCGUAAGCUGACAUCCGGAGUCGCCCUGAACGGCUCCUCCUUGGCGCCCUCGGUCGCCCUGAACGGCUCCUCGACGCCCUUGCCGAACGCAUCCACUCUGCAGAACCUAUCUACCAACUCAGGGGCUCAUGGCGCCCCCUGCGACAAUGGAUAUUACCCCAACUCCGGCAUCACCAAUUUCUUGGAUGAGAACACCCCUUCCUGCGACUCGCCGCCUUUGUCGCAGAGGCACAACUCGAACAAGCCUCCCCAACAGCAGUACACAUCUUCAGCCCCACCUUCAUCGCCGCCGUCGCCACCAUCAAAACAACGUUCUUCGGAAAAAGGCGGAUCACCUAACUCUCAGUCGGAUGGGAGUGGAAGUAAUUUCCCUGCGCCUCAAAUCUAUCCUUGGAUGCGUAGAAUGCAGUACAGUGCAGAUGGCAGUGAGUCAGACACCAAAAGGUCAAGGACGUCUUACACUCGUCACCAGACGUUAGAACUGGAGAAAGAGUUUCAUUACAACAAAUAUCUCACGCGACGGAGGCGCAUCGAGAUUGCGCAUGCGCUGAACCUGACCGAGAGACAGAUCAAAAUCUGGUUCCAGAACCGACGGAUGAAAUGGAAGAAGGAUCACAAGCUCUCGCACAUCGCCAAGAACAUGAACUUGGCCAACGCCUUAGAAAAAGUGGCUGAAGAGCAGCAGGCCAAAUUAAGUCAAAUGGUUAUGUAAAAUUAAUUUCUUGGUGGAAAUAGACAUUUUGGGAUCAUUUCCAAAGGCAUUAAAAAAAGUCUUAAUUCUGAACCUUUACCAAUUUGUUCGAAACGUUUAUGCGUUCCGUCACGUGACUUUCGAUGACCCAUGUUUGAACUUAGGAGAUUUUAAAACGCAGCUUCUCAGUGUGUAAGAUUUGAGUUUGUACAAAGUGGAUGUGAACUUGAUCUGGAAGACAAGAAUUCCAGCUUAUAACUCUCAAACCAAAUACUGAUUUAGUUGAGAAGUCUGAGAUAGAAGACUGAGUAAGCUUCGCUUCUGACAUUCGAAAUUAUUUAUGAAGACUUUUUUUUUAGUAAUUUAUAAACAAAUAAGCCAUUUCUAAAGAGAUUUUUAAUUUUAUUCUUUUAAUGCUGACUACGUAUGUAUCUUUCUAUUUGUCUAAGUGACAACGUUCAAACCAGAACUAGUGCCAAGGUUUUCAUCUCUACACUAUUGUCAUCUAUCGUGAGAUACAAAACCUCUACUGUAUAUAACUGCACUUGAAUGCACUUUAAUAUUGGCUUUGGAAAACUGAAUGAUAGUUUCACUUGUUUCAAUAGUCUUUGUUAAAAAACUAUAAGACCCACAAAUCUUUAACAAGUUAAGUCAUGGAAUGCGGCAAAUUUCAUGAAAAUUCUGAAUUUUGACACAAACGAAUUUUGUGACUUCAUUGACUCAGCAAUUUAUAGCUCAAAAAGUUGUUUAAACAUUUAUAUUCACUUUGACCUAUGACUCGUCAUGUACUUAUGUUAUUCCAUUAGCAAGAGAGGAAACUCUAUGGAAAAAAACUACCCCAAAAAAUAUUACUGUUUUUAAAGUCAUGCUUCAUAGCCAUAAGAAACUUUAAAUGUUCAUACUACAACCAGAAGAUGACUAAGCCAAAGGCUCCACUUCCAUAUUCGGUCAUAGGGGACUCACGGAUUGCAGAGUUACCUAUGGACUAAACACAACAUUAUAUGACAGCGUUGAAUUUAACCUGGAUUCCAUACUAUUGCUGUUAGUCAUCGAUAAAACGGACCAAACGGACUCUUACCUAGAUCUGUCCUGAGCCCAAAGUAUUUGACUUGGCCACACUGUAAUGUCUGACCCAGAAGUGACACUGUGUUGGCUGUGUGCUGUGUCAUCUACAUGUGUGUGUAAUUAUGAAUAGAACAACACAGCCGGAAUUAGAAUGAACACACGAGAAACUUUCCAUAAUACAAGCAUAGCUAAAAGGAAAGACAGAGAAUAAACUGGAUAUUUACAGCCAUUUGUCCACUGUAUAUGUGGAACCUAUUUAUGUAAUGUGCUCAAAUUAUAUGUAUAUAUAAAUAUUUAUGUGAGUUUUUCUUAAAUUUUGUUGUCCAUAUCACCAAAAUGUUAAAUAUUUUUUUUUUUAUGUAAUAUCUUUUUGUUUUUUAAAAUGACAUCGUCACUUUGAUAUUUUCUUGUCCGAUAUCUUGUUUUUACUUUGAGACCAUUUUCUUGUGAUAUUUUAUUUUGUCACUUGAUUUUUCAAUGUUUCAUUCUAUGCCACCGCAAUCUAACCAAGUGUUAUAUAUGUAUUUAUGUGUCCAUAAAUGUAUGAAUAGGUGUGUAUGUAUUUAUGUAGGUCUUAUUUGUAGUUGGCUAGUCGUGAUUCAAAUACACAUUAUAAGCUCUGAAAUAAGGUAAACUUUUUUUUUAAGCGUGAAAUAUCUUGCUUUUAAUUCAAUGAUGCGUGCUAGCUGACCAUGUUGGCUACAGACCUAAAAAAAAAAAAGAGUCAUGGUGAGCUUGUGUUACACAGAGUUUCGAAGUGGACCUAAAGGGCUCGGUUGUACUGACACAAUAGACUACACCUAAAGUUAAAAUAAUUAUCAUUUACAAACUUUGCAAGAGAAAAAAAAAGGAAUUUUAACAAUUUCCUUUGUUGUUAUUCAUGGUAUGUCCCGGCGUGGUGAAAUAGUAUUCAAUAGCAACAUUAAAAUUUUUCAUCGUUUUUUUUUAGGUUCACAUGUAUGUGCAUUAAAUAGACAAGUAAUGUUAAAAACAAAAGAUUAAACUUUUAGAGGAUCAUAAAAAGACUUUGCAAUCACUUCGAUCCCGAUUCUAAAGUUCAAUUUUCUAUAGAGCAUUUUAUUUUUAAGAUAAAAUUCUUUAUUAUUCCAUGUUACUUUAUUACCUAAUUCUUUACGAAAUAAUAAAAACAUAAAAACAUAUAAAAAAAAAAGAGAGGCUUACAAUUUUCAUUCUUAAUUUCUUAGACUAAUGGUUAUGUUUUCAGAUCACACAAUUUUAAUGUUGCACCUAUAUAUAAUACAUUGAAAGGCUAUUGGUAUAUAUUUUCUAACGCCAUUUUAGUUUAUUGCUGCUUUUUUGUUAUUUAAGCCUGACAGACAUCAGACGAACAUCACAAACACAGUAGCGGCUUUUAUUUUCCCCACUUAGGACAAUAAAAUUUAGUCUUUGUUUAUGUUUACACAUAUGUACAUUGAACAAAAAAAUGUGAACUGCUCGUACAAGUUUGUGUGGUCAAAAAAUGUAUCCCGUCUCAUUGGUUCUGUUGUACUAACUUAUAUUAACAAGUCACUGGAGAGUUCGUUUACAUUUAUUUAUUUCAUUUGAUUUGGCUGUAUAUUUCAUUAGAUUUGGCUGUACAUUUUGACUCUAUGCCCAUUCCCUGGCACAUGUCACAUAUCAAAGUAUUAAGAGUGUACAUAGGAAUAUAUAUCAAAUAUAUGUGUUUGUGUGUCGGUGCCUCGACUUUGAAUCAUUUCGACACUACAGAUACACACAAACACACAUUUAGUUGGACUAUGUUGUUCUAUUUGGUUCAUGUCUUUUUUUUUUUUUUUUUGGUGUCCACGUUGCAGACGAUGUCCAAUUGGUUCUAUUCUGUAACAAGAAGUGUGGAUACACUUAUUGGUUUUCACCUUACAUGUCUUGACCAAUGAAAUUUCUUGUGUCUUGGGGGAUACUUAUAUAGGUUUCCACAAAAUAGUUACUUUGGUAAAUAUACAGUUAAAAGAAAUUUUUAUCCAAAUAAACAUUAUUUGAAACAAAUGGAAAUAAGAAUGAUAAAAUGGCGAUAUAUGUAUAUAUGUAAAAGGCUUCAGCAAAAGCUGCUGGCAUACAAUGUCAACUACUUUAUGAUAAGAAGAAGAAUGAGUUACUCAGAAAUAAACAGUUAGCUACGCUUUGUUCAGUUACACUUUUUAUUUUUUUCAGGUGAGGUUUUAUAGUCUCUAGCACUAGCUACGUGUAUUAUUCUAUCCCCAGACGUCACGUUCAGAUGCUCCCUUAGUCUUUAUUUUCUUUUGUUUUAAAUGUAGCCUUGUUGGCUAGAAUAGUAAUAAACUUUCGCCUCACUCCUUUGAGUAAUCUCUACAGAAACUUCUCAUUACCAACUUUUAGACAUGGCGGGGGGGGGGGGGAUCAUCCCAAAAAAUAUUUUUAGAGUUAUAUUCACUGUCUUAUUGAUUUGAGGAAUUGAAACAAAAUAGUUUGAUACUAUCUCUGUCUUCUAAUCCCACUCUUCAGAACAAAAAAUCUAAGGUUUCUCUGUGUUAAUAGAUGGGCAUGUUUGUUUUUUUCAUUAGGUCGUGUUAUUUUAAUCAGGUCAUUUUAAUUAGGUCAUGUUAUUUUAAUUAUGUCAUUUUAAUUAGGGCAUGUUAUUUUUUUUAUUAGGCCAUAUUAUUUUUAAUACAUUAUUUUAAUUAGGUCUAAUUUUAUUAGAUCAUGUUAUUUUAAUUAAUAAUUUCUCAUAAGGUCAUGUUAUUUCUUUGGGUCAUGUUAAUAUUUUCAUCAUUAAGUCUUCUUACUAUUGUUCUUUUUGUUUUUUUAAUUAGGUCAUUUUUAAUUUAUUUUUAUUUGGUCAGUUGAAAUAUUUAUGUUAGGUCAUGAUAAUAGUUUUUGUUCAUGAGGUCACGUUCAUUCUUGUAUCAUGCGAUGUCACAGGAUAAUUCAUCUGUUCAUAAGCUCCACAGACCUGGUGUCCACUAGUUGUGACUUGUAACAUUUCUUUCUGGUCCCAGACACCCUUUGUAACCUUGGUGAAACAUUAAACAGAUGACCAUUUGCUCACUACA